AUGACGCCACAGACUGUGAUCGAAGUGAUCGUAACGGAUCUGCCCACAGAUGCUGUUCGUCUGCUGGCAACACUCAUCGAUCGCAGUUGUUCGGUGGACGAGCUCUCCGGCAAUUUUGCAACAGCAACAAAGCAAUUCAACAAAUUCAAGAAAGAAUUCGUGCGAAUACAAGAAGCUAUGGAGCCUUUCUUCCAACCCAAAAAUAACUCACCUGUUGUACUUUUUUCAAGGCAAAGCAGUAGCGGGUAUUACAAAUUACUGCUUUGA